GACACCCCCGAGACGGGACGGGACCCCCCGGUCACCGGGACACCCCCCGGGAUGGGACAGGACCCUCGGACACCGGGAUCCCUGGGACGGGACACCCCCGGGAUGGGACCGGGCCUCCCCCAGAACGUGGCACCCCGGGAUGGGAUCGACACCCUCCGGGACGGCCCUUCCUCCCGGGACGGGACCGACCCCCUUGGCCGGGACAGGACACCCCUGUCCGGGACUCCCUCCUGGGACCACGGACCCCCCCUGGGCCAGGAUCGGGAGCUGGGACCCCCCCCUCAGACCCGGGAUCCCCCCAAGACCCUCCGGAACCAGGACCCCCCCUUAGCCCAGGGGAGAAUCCUGGGACCCCCCAAGCUCGGGUUUUCCCCCCUGUCUGGGCCCCCCAGUGAUCCCCCCGUGCCGUGUCCCCCCAGGCCGGUGUUCCCGUGUGGGGGGGACCACCGAGGGGAGUCGGGGUUCAUCGCCAGCGAGGGCUUCCCCCGGCACUACCCCCCCAGCAGCAACUGCACCUGGACCAUCACGGUCCCCGAGGGCCAGGUGGCCACUCUGUCCUUCCGUGUCUUCGACCUGGAGCCGGACCCCCUGUGCCGCUUCGACUCGCUGUCGGUGUUCGGGGGGCACGGCCCGGGGGCGCCGCUCCUGGGGCGUUUCUGCGGCACGUUCCGGCCGGGGGCUCUGCGGGCCCCCCACAACCGGCUGCGGCUGCGCAUGGAGAGCGACGGCGGCACGGCCGGGAGGGGAUUCCUGGCCUGGUUCAGCGCCGGCAGCCCCCCAGCUAACGAGCACCAGUUUUGUGGGGGGCGGCUGGAGAAGCCCCAGGGAAGCCUGAACACCCCAAAUUGGCCAGAGGAGAAUUAUCCCCCCGGGAUCAGCUGCUCCUGGCACAUCGUGGCCCCCCCCGACAAGGUGGUGGAGCUGCGGUUCGGGAAGUUCGACGUGGAGCCCGACCCCCACUGUCGCUACGACUACGUGGCCGUGUUCGAGGGGGGGGCGCGGGACGACGCGCGGCGCCUGGGGCGGUUCUGCGGGGAGGAGACCCCCGGCCCCAUCGUCUCCACCAGCCCGGAGCUGCUGGUGCAGUUCGUGUCCGACCUGAGCGUCACCGCCGACGGUUUCUCGGCCUCCUACACCCUGCGGGACCGGGGGAGCCCCCCCGAGCCCCCCCCGAGCAAACCCCGGGGGGGCGGCAAAGGGAAACCCGCCCCCAGCCCCAAACCGGGACCCCCCCCCACGGCCCCCCCCGGCCCCGCGGGGACCCCCCCCUGCCCCCAGCGCUGCCGCCGCGCCGGGACCCUCCAGAGCAACUUCUGCAGCAGCGACUUCGUGCUGACCGGGACGGUGAAAUCGGUGUCGCGGGGGCCCCCCCAGGAGCCGGGCUGGGCCGUGGUGUCCGUGCUGAGCGUCCCCAAGGCGGGGGGGCUGGGGGUCCCCACCCCCGCCAAGGGGGCCACGCUGCGCCUGCAGCUGCCCUGCCGCCUCUGCCCCGCGCUCAAGAAAGGCUCCAGCUACGUCCUGAUGGGGCGGCUGGGGGGGGACGGGGUGGCCCUGCUGCCCCCCGACGCCUUCGUGGUCCCGUAUCGGCCGCAGCAGCAGCAGGUCCUGGGGAACCUCAGCAAGAGGCCGUGUCGGGGGAGCCCCUGAGACCCCCCGCCUCGACCCCCCGAAACUGGGGAACGCCCCCCUACACACAUAUGCAAAUAAAGGGUGCAGAGCUGGA